AUGUCGCUCUUCUCUCUUCAUUUCGAUAUCCUUUCUGACCUCCACCUGGAGACUCCUCUGGUGCGGCCGCGGUACACUUCUUUCAAUCUUGACGCUCGGGGCAAUAGCAUUCUACUUCUGGGGGAUAUAGGCCUUGUCAAAGAUGAAGGCCUUUUCGUAUUCUUGAGGCGAUCUCUAGAACAGACACGUGGACUCCAGAUAAUUUACAUUCUUGGUAAUCAUGAGGCAUAUCAGAUUACAUUGGAAUCCGCGGUACAAAAGUUAAGAGCUUUCGAAAAUGAAGCUAAGUCGGAAUACGGAGGUCGAUUCAAAUUCCUAUUUCGAGACCGAUACGAUCUAGAUGAGAAGGUUACAAUCCUAGGGUGCACACUUUGGAGUGCUAUUCAGCCGCAUCAGUCUACCGAAGUCUUGUCAAGGCUAACCGACUUCAAUGAAGAGCGAGGUAUUCGAGGGUGGUCUUUAAGGAGAUCUGUAGAAGAGCAUGACAAAGACUUGAAAUGGCUUAAUACUCAAGUACUCUCAAUUCAAAAUGGAGCACCGCACCGGCAAAUAAUCAUCGCAACACAUCAUUGUCCAACGACAGACCCUCGUGCAGCAAAUCCAGCCCAUCGAGAUAGCUCAGUAGGAUCCGCAUUCAUCUCAGAUCUUUCCAAAGAGACUUGUUGGGUAUCUCCAGCAGUGAAGCUAUGGGCAUUCGGACACACGCAUUACAGUUGCAACUUCCGAGAUGAGGAAACAGGGAAAUUAGUUGUGUCAAAUCAGCAAGGUUAUAUGGGUAUGGGACAAGCGAAACGAAAUCCUCAAAGCCUAAGCGUGAAGAUUGUGGGGGAAAAGGAGCACCAAUGGCAGAUUAUUGAGACCGCUCAUUCAACUAAGCGCAAGACGGGAACUCUGCCUACAACCCAAUCCCCCGGCAUACAAGAAAGUAUACGUAAAGAAAAACAACCCCGGCGCGAUCAACAAACAAGGAAACCUCUAUUCCAACGAGCAACCAAGCGAGUCCAGGCUUUUCUCAGACUCGCGCCUGGUCCGACGAAAUGA